AUGGCACAACCGCCGCCUCGAGGCGGUGGUCUCUCGCUAUAUGCCAAUCUCCUCGACCCAAAGGACCCUCCUCCAUCCUCCGCCACGAUAUCUUCCGCACCAGUAGUCUACAGCCAGAGCAAACAGCCCGGGAGCGAGCCAACAUCUAAGCCGCUCGCCGACCCGUCGCUCCGGUUUCAGCCCAUCCGCCGCCCGCAAGCGAAGCAAGCAAACAAACCCAAGCAAUCAUUCCCUAAAGUUAGCUCGAAACCCGCCGGAGAGCCUGCUGCGACGGAACCACAAGCUGCCGCAGGAGCAGCCGUCCCGAAGAGCAGGCUUGCCGACUGGGCGGCCACCGAGGAUGACGAAUGGCUAUACGGUACGGGAGAGAAGCGCCAGCGUGGAGGCCGGAAGAAGAAGAAGAGGAAACAAGAGUACCAAGUUCAAACAGACUGGGAGGAGCUGUACGAUCCAUCCAAGCCCACCAAUAUCGACGAGUACGUGCGUAGCGAUGAGAAGAUAGACGAGGUUAGAGACUGGAAAGCUCUACUUUACCGCCACAGGAGGAAGCCCGUGGACAGCGACUCAUCAGAUGCCGAGGACACAGGGUCUAUGCCUCAAAACCGAUAUGCUCCCCCAUCAUUCAACGCUUUCGCGCCGCCUCCCCCAUCGCCACCUAGAGCCUUCCCCGAUGAAAAGUCAGGAGAGGAGACUUCUUCACGCCCUACCAUAACAUCACAAGCUCAAGACACUGUUCCUCCUCCACCACCCGCGCCACCACGGGACGACUAUCCUCCUCCACCGCCCCCAGAAGACUCGGCAACGAUAUCUCGGGCUCCCAUUCGAUAUACUCAGAACACCCAGAACCAAGAAGUUGAAGACGAAGACAUGGAUGAGCGCCCGGGCCUAGGAAGCUCCAACGAACCUCAGGACGACGGCCCGCGCUCCAGUCGCCCUGGUCAAGCCGGCUUCGCCCACCGCCUGAUGUCAAAGUACGGCUGGACGCGAGGGACCGGUCUCGGCGCCGACGAGUCCGGCAUCGUGAACCCUUUGCAGGUCCAGGUCGAGAAGCGGCGCAAGAAGGCAGACGCGGACGGCGGCGGCUGGGCAGAGCCGGGCGGCAAGGGCAAGAUCAUCGGCGGCAAGAGGAAGGAGGAGUCGAGCAAGUUCGGCGCCAUGAGCGAGGUCAUCGUGCUGCAGGACAUGCUCGAGAACAUAACAGAUCUCCAAGCGGAAAUCGCCGACGGCCUGGCCCAGGAGAUUGGGGAGGAGUGCGGAGAGAAGUAUGGGCGAGUUGAGAGGCUAUAUAUCGACCAAUCUAGCCGGCAGGUUUUUAUCAAAUUUACGAAUCAAGUCUCAGCGCUUCGGGCUGUCGAUGCUCUGGCCGGUCGAGUGUUCAAUGGCAACACGAUCAAACCAAAAUUCUUUGAUGUGGAAAAAUUUGAGAAAGGUAUUUAUCAAUGA